AUGGAUCAAGAGAUGGAUGUCGACAACGACUAUUCAGACAGUACCAGUCAGCGGCAACCCAGCGCUGAGCACACACCGCAAGGAACUUAUGCGCAAGUUGGGGGAGCUUCUUCGCAAGGGAAUCCAACCCCCACCUCCGUUCAGUCUUCCACCACGACCUCGAUUGCCUCUGGACCUCCCACCAAUGCCGCCAAUUCGCAGAACUCGAAACGCCGCCGAGGGUUGGGUGUCGUGACGCCCAAUGCGUGCACAGAAUGCCGCAAGAAGCGCGCAAAGUGUGAUGGUAAAAGGCCAUGCGGGCGCUGUAGAGCGCAGAAGGAUGUCGAAUGUGUAUACGAGAUUCCUGUGCGCCAAUCGAAGGAGAACCUACGCACCGAGAUCGAAACUCUUCGCCAAAAGCAGCGUUCUAGUGACCAAGUAUUUGCUGCGCUUGUGCGACCAGAGCUUUGGGAAGAGGUCUUGAGGCGCAUCCGAGGUGGUCAAUCCAUUGACAGUAUUUCAGAAUGGCUUGCAAGCGCAUCACACCCUGGAGGUGGCCAGAUCUCGUCCUAUUCCAACCGGCCUGAGGGACCCACGAUGGGACCUGUCCCGGCGUAUCCUGGAGGCGGAUUAGGAACAUUGGCAGCCAUGAGUCUCGGUGUGAACCAGGUACCGCAGCAGCCUAUGAGGGGUGAGAUGGGCCAGCACAGUCCAUGGCAUUCUUCCUUUCAUAGCCAGACCGGUUCGACGAGGAGUAACUCACACCCUGAUAUUAUGAAUUGGACGCUACAUAAUCGAGCCGGGUCUUGGGCGGAAGGAAUGCCCCCAGAACAGAUUUCAGACGGACUUCCACGACUCCGUGGCGUCGAGAAAAUUCUGUCGCCCCUGAAUGAACCGGAGCUUCGAAAGUCAGCUGCAACAUGGACCGCCAUUACUAGCGAUAGCAGUCUUGUUCAACACCUCUUGGCGUUGUAUUUCUGCUGGGAAUACCCGACCUUUGCGUCCUUAAGCAAAGAGCAUUUUCUACAAGAUUUUCGGGAUGCACGAAAUCGUUAUUGUUCACCAAUACUAGUCAACGCUCUCCUUGCUUUGGGAUGCCGUUUCUCGACACAGCCCAUGUCUCGUGCCAAUCCCAACGACCCGUACACGUCUGGAGACCACUUUUUCAAAGAAGCAUUGCGACUUUUCGCUCAGGAGACAGACCAUCAUACCCUUACAACUAUUCAAGCAUUGGGGAUAAUGUCGAUCCGUGAGGCUAGUUGUGGACGAGAUUCUGAAAGUUGGUACUACGCUGGCCAAAGUAUCCGGCUAGCCAUUGAGAUGGGACUUCACCGCAUAAUGGACGAAGGGGAUGAGGACGAACUUGCCGUGCAAGCAGCUACCUUCUGGGGAGCAUUUGCACUGGAUCACAUGUAUUAUCAUUUUGCCAUAUUACUCUUAUUCCGACCUUUAAUCAAGCUGAAGAUUAUUGGGUCAAAAGUAUCCCCUCGAGAUGUUUGCUCACAGGCAGCCGAUGCAAUUCAAGGUCUAUUGAGAUCUUACUCCUCUCUGUACACAUUGCGGCGAACACCAUCAUUCGUACCCUAUUUCGUUCUGACAUCGGCCAUUAUGCAUCUGGCAAUUGGAGCAACGUCUGUCAGUUCAAACUCAACCGAGGCUGAUAUGGAGGAGGCGGUCAAAGUUGAUCCGCGCGUGGCUGAGUCUAUCACACAGGGCAUCUCGGACCUGACUGAAAUGGCCCCUUGCCACCAGUUCGCCGAGCAGGCACUUAACAUCUUACGUUAUUUAGCCGCCAAGUGGGAUAUCGACGUGGAAAAUAAUGCCGAUAAGCUCUCAGCAGAGGAGUACGAUCGCCUAGUGUUGCCACACACAGGAGGUCUCAAUUUCUUUUCACCCAACAUGCGCGAGGGCGAUGUAACGUGUCAAUGGGGCUCAGGAUCGUUCAUGGCGGCAGCAACAGAUCAGCCGGCUUCGGCGCAAAAGGCGGGGGACAGUAUGGAAAACCCUCUCUUUUGGCCGUUUCCCAUGCAAGGACGGCCUAUCCUCCCAGAUGGUCUCGAGUUGGAACAUGCAGGGUUUGCUGUAAUCUAA